CAGAGAGUACUCUCCACCCCAACUUGACUUAUACUUCUCAGGAGAGAACUGUCUUAGACCUCUCCAAGUUGGUUUCCUUCUUUUUGCAAGAGCAAGAGUGCAACAUACCUUGGAAUAAAGAGAGUCAUCGAGGCAAAGGGCAGCUGCACUGGCUGAAGCUGGAGUGAAGAAACAACUCAUAAAGUCUCAGUGCAUCCAGACCCUUGUUUGUGGAUUGUGUGCACACUUCUACCAGUAAGCUGACUGUUGGGCUUGAUCAGGGACAUCUGAAUUGCUUGAAGACUCCACUGGGUGAUCUUUGGUUGAAGAACUGUCACCAAAAUUGGGAAGUAGAGUACAAACUCCAGAACCCAAGAAAAAAACGAGAAAGAAACAAAUGCAAGGGUUCUCUGCUUGAACUCAGUGUUUUUUACAAUGUCUUGGGAGGACUCCAGGACGUCAAUACUUCUGCUGGCCAGCAUUCUUUUGCUGAUCUUGCAAAGAUUGGCAGUGUCCCACCUUAUGAUGGAUAUGGCUCUACAUUCCUUUGAUGACCAGUACCUGGGUUGCAGAGAGCAGAUGAUGGAAGAACUGGAGAGGGGAGACUACUUCCAGAAGGAAAUAGCUGCUAGUAAGAACUAUUUGAACCUCUGGAAGAAGGCUCAGGAAGCUUUGCUGAAGAGCCCUGUAGGUCUCCUGAGGGAGAUGCAUGAUAGUCAUGCCACCGUCCUCAUGGCUUACACCAUGAAUUCUUCCCUGCACUCUCAGCUGAACUGGGCCACAUCCACAGCAGGAAGGUCUCCAGAGCAUUACAGACACAACUUCAGCUACAAAUAUUUUCACUUUUACCUAACGACAGCUAUCCAGAUAAUGAAGCAGUGGCAGAGCAGCAAGGAUGGCGUGGGGAAACGUCACUGCUACCGGGUGCACAGAGGUGUGAAGGACUUAUAUAUUGAGGCUACAGUUGGCAGCAUGGUGAGAUUUGGCCGUUUCACCUCCACCUCUCGCCUCUGGAAUGAAGCCCAGAAAUUUGGGAAUGAAACUUUGUUUACGGUGACAACCUGCCUGGGAGCAGCUAUGCAAGGCUUUUCUUACUACACGUCUGAGAAGGAAGUCCUCAUUCCCCCUUAUGAGAUAUUCCUUGUCAAAAACUUCUUUCGAACGCAGCAUGGCAACCGGCUCCACCUGCAUUCCGUGGGGAACUACAGCAAGUACCGCUGCCAGCUCUUGGAAGCUUCAAGAAUCAAGAACAGUGGAUCUACUGCCUCUGCCUCCGUCAUUCUUUUUAUUGUAGUUGGCGUUUUAUUGUGCUGGGCCAGAGACACUAAGUAUACAUUUCAAAAAGGACUGGGAAGAUUAGAAACAGCUGUCACAGACCGAUGUCCUCGGAGGAGGGUCUGUAUGAAAGCAAAAAGUGAAGAGUUGGAGGAUACAGAACGAAGCUUGAGCUGUUGUGAUGUUUCACCUGAGGAGGAGCUGUCUUCUGCAGUACUUGGUGUCCCAUUCUGUUGCAGCAUCUUAAUGAUAUCAGCAUAGUCCAUGAGAAGUUCUGAUACAUGGAGGGAUAAAGCAGGCGAACUCAGUAACUGCUCCAUAGCAGAUUCGACUGUGCCAGGGAAAUUAUCAUGUUUUAACAACACUGCAACCAGUGCACCCAAGAUACUUCCUAUAAUCCCCUUGUAAUGAUCAUAGAUAUCUUUCACUGCAGCCAUUUUUUCCUGUAGAGAGAUGAUGCGACCAGUAAUUUUAGCACACAAUCUUUGCUUCAUGCUUUCCUGUACAUCUCUGUCUCUUGUUUCCACUGUGGCCUGCAUCUCUUUUAAAGCACUGACCAGGAACUGCAGGUUCUCUUUAAUGCUGAAGUUUUCUUUUACUGUCAUGGUGGGGAAGUUGGUACCAAGCUGGUGAUUGAGGAUCUGGAAUAUUGUAUUAGUUGAAGAGACAUAAAUGUACACUAAUUCAUACAGAUUCUGGCAGGCCUUCAGCAGCCUUUCUUUGUCACUGCUAAAACCAAGGUGGGCUAACAUUUCUGAAGGAGGUGUCCGGCUCUGAAAAGCAAACAGAGCAAAUACAGGUGACAAAGAAGGGGAAAUACAAAUAUUUUCAGCUAGAACGUCACAUUUUUGAAAUCAGUAUUACAAAUUAUCAAACCACCUUACUCUCUCCACAAGACUUCAGUGUUAGAAAAAAAAAAACAGAAAAAGCUCUUAGUCAACCUUACCAAAAUGGACAGCAAAAUACGGUUUCAGAAGCUGCAGGUGUGGUUUUUCUUAUGGAUGCAGGAGUUCUGAACCUGACCCUCAGCAUGUCACCUGAAAAGCAAUAGUAGAGGAGAUGAAAUAGCAGAUGAAUUAUUUUCACCUUGGAUAUUUAUUGGUAAAGUUGUCUAAAGUUGUCUAAGUCCUCUCAAACAAUCUACAUUACAUCAUCCUUAGAACUAUAAUCCUUCAGUUUGCAUAUAGUAGUGGUUAUACACAAAAUUAAACAUAUUACAGGAGUCUUCACAUGUCCUACACUUUGGGCUUUUUUUUUGUUGUUCUGAGAACAGUAAGUUAUAUCAUCCCCUUACAGCACUGGCUGUAGAUUCUUCUGCCAUAGGCAGAUGGAUUCAGCCUUUGUUAGGAGGACCUAACAAUUGUGAACUAGUGUGAAAUAAAUUGUAAUGUGUUAAAAUUAAAAGGAAAGGAAAAUGAGGAAGAAAAUGAGGAGAACUCAGAUAAACAUCACAUAAUAAAAUUAAUGGCAAACAGGCAGGCAGCAGGACCCUGCUGAAGCCCAGGCUCUGGAUCCCUGACUCAUCACAUGCCGCUGGAAAACACCAGAGAAACACAGUGGAAACAGGAUGAGAUCACUGCCCUGUACACAUUCAGCUGUUUGAAAGAGCACUUGGGCAUAACCAGGUAGGCAGUCUGAAUGUUUAACUCAAAAAGCCUCUGGGAAAAAAUAUGCCUGGAGUUGGAGAAAUAGACAGAAAUAUGGAAAUGUGUGUGGCCUGUCUAACUCUAAAAAGUGAAUGUGAAUAAAGCGUCAAUGUGAAGAAUAAGAGAUAAGUUACGUUUAAGGGACAUAAAAUCAAAAGAAAUCAUUGGAAGCUGAAAGAAUCGUGCUUAAAAAUAGAUGCUAUCAGUAUUCUCCAUAGCUUUCUAGUAGGUAAAAUGUUCAUUGAAACGUUCUUUCUCUUAGAACAUUUUGUCUUUGCAGCUUGUACAAAUGGGGAUUAACAAAUGAUCUUUCAACCUAGCAUCAGCAAAGUGGAAGGUAUUAAUAUCACACUGAGCCAGAGUACAAGCCAACAGCAUCCCAGAAGCAUAAGGAAUCGUACCUUGAGCUGGCAGGACUUUUUGUUUCCUUAAGUCAAAACCUUUUACUGUAUGUAACCUUUGCUUCCUCUAGCCUUAAGAAAGAUAAGUUAAAGAGCUUAUUCUCUUAGCAGAGCUACAAGGUAAGUGUCUGAAACAACAAUGUACUGUGCAAAAUACUGUGGGAAAAAUCAUGAGAGAACUGGCUUGUAGUUCAACACUAACACUAAAAGUUGGCUAGAGGAGUGUUAAGAUCGUUCUGCUUUUCCAAAUGAUCUUGCUGGGGAAGAUGUGUUUAGUGAAGUACAGCUGGGAUCACAGUUAACUAAUAAGACAGGAGCUACAAAGGAAAAAAAUGGCACAAAUGUAUCUUUCAACAAGAAAAAUCUAGCUAAUCUCCCACACUUGAUUAUUUGUAGCUAUAACUCUGCUGUGUGGGCACUGAGAACAAGAAGAGAUUUAUCUUGGAAAUGUCUAAAAAUGGCUCAAUAAAAGUGGUUUGGAAUAAAAGGGUUGGGAAAGCAAAAGCAUCACCAAAGAAACCAGUCAUUCUACUCAUUCAUUGUUUGGCUCUGUUGCAAUGUAAGAUGCAUGUGCUAAAGUCAAAAUCAUUUUUACUUUGCAGCUGGUGAUGGCUUAAAAGAUGGCACAGAGAGGGAGUGUGGCUGCAUGAGCAGGGCAGACCCUGCAGGCUGCUGCCUGCUGCUCCAAGGCAGUCUGUCCCCCCAGGCAUCCUGCAGGAGUUGACAUGGCACAAUGAAUGUCAGGCGGCUGCCUGUAGCUGCUUGACGUUUGGCAGUGAAAAAUCAACAGGGUCUUCAUGGUAUUAUGAAGGGAUGUGAUUAGGAAUACUGAAGAAAGAAACAGUGAAGGGAGAAGGGCUACAUAUCAAGAAAGAAAACACAGUAGGUGUUGUUUGCAAGUGAUAUGGGUAGAGAUGGGUUUGUUAUAGACAAUUUUGCUAUUCUCCAUGAAUUCCCAAAUGUGAUUUAGCAUGCAUAUAAAGUUCCUAUAUUCCUCUUGAAUGGGAUAAGAAAUAAACUACAGUGGCUUAAAACACCCUCAUGCUGACACAGACUGCACAGUCAUUAUAGUCAUUUAAAAGUCGGGUAUCACUAAUGUCACUAAAAAAAAAGUAUUUUGACAGAAAAGUUUAUCUAGAAAAGGUUUUUCAUUUCCACACCUUAUUUUAGAUUUUACUGACUAGAUGAGCUUUUCCUGUUCUUUAGUGAACUAGUUCAGUUUCUACCAUCUGUAGUUUCCUAAAUGAGGGAAGACUCAUGUUCAUUUUACCUAUCUACUAAUUGCAUAUCAUUUUACCAAUCUACUAUUGCAUAUGCAUAAUUGCAUAUUGUUAGCUGGCUUUGUUGCUCUGAGCAUGUUCAUAAGUCUCAUAAAGUCCUUUUUGAAUAAUUUGGUUAAGGAUACAUAACAGUGUUUAAGACUUAUGGAUGUACAAGCUAUGUCUUGGGAUUUGAUUUGCCAACAUAAGAACUAGUGAGGCAGAGACAAAGCAGUCUACAUUUCACUGCUUAUUAAGGGAUGGGAUUAUGGGUAUUAAACAGAGCAAGAACCUUCUUUUUUCUCUUGAAGUAGUUUA